CUUCCGGUAGAUUGUCGGCCCUGUGUUGGAGACGGACCGGAAACAGCGUGAGGUUACCGAAGCAGCCUGAAGUCUGUUCUGAAGUCUCGCACCUGAUCCGUCCCCAAAAAGUCCCGAGCUGCCGUCUGUCUGCCCACUGCUUCGCCCACAGAGAAGAUGUUGAGAAGUGCCUCAGCACAGAUCUUCAGACAGGUGGUGAGAUACAGGAGCACAGACACCAGCCUCAUCUUGGAAAGAUCGAUAAACCGUGUGCAGCUGUUGGGCCGAGUCGGUCAGGACCCGGUGAUGAGACAAGUGGAGGGUCGUAACCCUGUUACCAUCUUCUCGUUAGCAACCAAUGAAAUGUGGCGCUCCGGAGACGGAGAGAUGAGCUCAACAGGUGACAUCAGUCAGAAGACGACGUGGCAUCGUGUGUCGGUGUUCAAACCCGGUUUGAGAGACGUGGCCUACCAAUACGUCAAGAAAGGGUCCAGGAUUCUAGUGGAGGGGAAACUGGACUACGGAGAGUAUGUGGACAAGAACCAAGUCAGACGCCAGGCCACCACCAUCAUCGCAGACAACAUCGUCUUCCUCAGCGACAACGUUCGAGACAGAACCUGAAGGGCUUUCCUCUUCGUCUCCACCCAACAGCAACAACAAGUCAACUUCUUUUUGUAUUUUCUCGUUUGUACAAAAAUAAGACUGAGGACCUGAACGCCAUCAAGUAAAGGAACUGACUUACCGAAGAGAAGGGGGACAGAAUAUGCUGUGACACUCUGGUCAUGUUUGACUGUGACACCUCCUGCAGACCUUGAGGCAUCAAGAGAAGCAGAAAGAGCCCACUUGUAGUAUAAAUACACUUACUCAUUAUGAUUUUUUUAUUCUGCUACUUGUACAUAACAAAGAUACAGUUUAUGCCCUUUUUGUUCGCCUACUCAAGUUUGAGAAUCAUGUUGGAAGCAAGAGGUGAAAACAGUGAAAAAUGUUUCACGAGUCAGUACAAGAUGUUGUAGAAGUUGCAGCUCUGUUAAGAGCAACUCUUACUCGUGUUGAAGAUCAUAGACGAAAGUUAUUAUAGUUUUUCUUCAUUGUGUCAGUUAAGACAGCCUCUCUUUAAACUCAAUAAAUCAGAAAUAGUUUCUGGGCGAAGAAGACUGUAAUUCAGGGGUCUCAAACUGCCGGCCUGGCGGCCAGAUUUGGCCUGUGAGACAACUUCUCAAUGCCCGCUAUAUGUUAAGAAUUUAUUGUUAAAUUCAGCCUGUAUAUUAAACUUUUUCCAGUAUGA